CUCAUUUAUGGUCAUUCCCCGUCCCUGUUUCUCUCUGUCCCCUCACGUUAUUUCUCUCUCCUCUUUCAACUCCUCCCUCUCUUCUUUUUUUUUUUUUUUUUUUCGCUUACCACUUUUUUCCAUCUUUGAUCAGCCGAGCUGGUCUGAAUCAGACACCCUUUCGCAGCUGCUCUUUGAACAUUGACCGCAAGCGCAUUGAACUCCUCGUCUUUGCCUCCUCAAUCCACCAUCCACAGUUGGCGCUCACCAGAGUCAGACCCCGAGGAAAAAAACAGAAAUUAACCACCGGAAAAAAAAAAAAGAAAAAGAAAAAGAAAAGCACACAUCAAAUUUGAAAGGGCUAGCUCCACGUUUCCAGAAGCUCUGCGAGUGUUUUGCGCGCGUAUUUAUACAAGCAACGGGAAGCGGCACGUACCCCAUUCUUGCACCCCAUUCUUAUCCUUAUCACACAAGGAUCGACUAAGGAGAGAGAGAGAGAGAGAGAGAGAGAGAGAGAGGGGGUGGGUGGGGGGAAGCCAGGGGAGGAUAUAAUUUAAAAAAUAUUUGAAAAUGAAGUUAAUGGAGGGAUGUUGGUUUAGUGUGGGUUUGGAGGGGGAGAGCGUACGGCGGGUGAUCGCGGGAUGCGGGCCGUACGUGGUGUGCUUGGUGGGGCUGGUGAUUCUGGCGGAGCAGCUGUCGUACCAUUGGAAGAAGGGGCGGCUGCCGGGGCCGCAGCUGGUGGUGCCGUUCCUGGGCAGCGCGGUGCCGAUGAUCCUCGACCCGACGCGGUUCUGGGCCGAGCAGGCCCGGCGGGCGGAGUCGUCUGGGCAGGGGCUGUCCGCCGACUUCCUGGUGGGCCGCUUCAUCGUGUUCAUCCGCUCCACCGAGCUGUCCCACAAGGUGUUCGCUAACGUCCGCCCCGACGCCUUCCACCUCAUCGGCCACCCCUUCGGCAAGAAGCUCUUCGGCGACCACAACCUCAUCUACAUGUUCGACCAGGCCCACAAGGACCUCCGCCGCCGCAUCGCCCCCAACUUCACCCCCAGGGCCCUCGCCACCUACGCCGCCCUGCAGCAGCGCGUCAUCCUCGCCCACCUCCGCAAAUGGCUUGCCCUCUCCUCCGCCUCCGCCUCCGCCUCCGAGCCCAUCUCCCUCCGCCUCCUCUGCCGCGACAUGAACCUCGAGACCUCGCAGACCGUCUUCGCCGGGCCCUACCUCUCCCGCGAAGCCCGCGAGCGGUUCAACCGCGACUACAACCUCUUCAACGUCGGCCUCAUGGCGCUCCCCUUCGACCUGCCCGGCUCCGCCUUCCGCCGCGCGCGUCUCGCCGUGUCGCGGCUCACGCUCGCGGGCGCCGCCGCCGCGAGCAAGGCGCGCAUGCGCGCCGGCGCGGAGCCGACCUGCCUCGUCGACUUCUGGAUGCAGAACUCGCUGCGGGAGAUCGCGGAAGCGGAGGCGGAGGCGGAGGCGGCGGAUGCCGAGGAGGUCGGGGGCCACCUGUUCGACUUCCUCUUCGCGGCGCAGGACGCGUCGACGUCGUCGCUGUGCUGGGCCGUGGCGCUGCUCGACGCGCACCCGGAGGUGCUGGCGCGCGUCCGGGACGAGGUGGCGGCGCGGUGGUCGCCCGAGUCCGGCGAGCCGAUCCCCGCCGAGGCGCUCCGGGAGAUGCGGUACACGGAGGCGGUGGCGCGGGAGGUGGUGCGGCUCCGCCCCCCGGCGACGAUGGUGCCGCACAUCGCGGGGGAGCCGUUCCCGCUCACGGAGUGGUACACGGUGCCCAAGGGGGCCAUCGUGUUCCCCAGCGUGUACGAGUCCUCGUUCCAGGGGUUCCCCGACCCGGCCCGGUUCGACCCGGACCGGUUCUCGGACGAGAGGCAGGAGGACCGGGUGUACAAGCGCAACUUCCUGGCAUUCGGCGCCGGGCCCCACCAGUGCGUGGGCCAGCGCUACGCCAUCAACCACCUCGUGCUCUUCAUCGCGCUCUUCGCCUCGCUCCUCGACUUCAAGCGCAACCGAACGGACGGCUGCGAUGACAUCGCCUACGUCCCCACCAUCGUCCCCAAGGACGAUUGCCAGGUGUACCUCUCCCAGCGGUGCGCCCGCUUCCCUUCCUUCUGACCGCGCACACAUGUCUUUUUAUGCCUGGACCCGCCCCACCGCGUCACCCGUGAACCACCUCAUUUUUUCCUCUCACUAUAAAAAACAAAAAGAAAAAUGAACCAUGCAAUAUUAUAUCUAUAUAUUUGUACAAACUACUACUUCUAAGACAUAAAAUCUUUGCACAUUACUCCUACUCAUCCCCAAAAAAAUUAAUUUUCUACUCGUUUCUAUUUUAUUAUUGUUAAAAUUAAAAAAACAUAUAUAAAAAUUAUUAUCACGUACCCAUCUCAUUCUAGUUCUUUUUUCAAACGGAGGUGAUAUUAAUAUUAAUAUAUCCACAUUUAUAAUCGCGUCCCUUUAUUAGGAUUUGUUAGCACCAUCGUAUCUUAUGUAAAUUCAAAAUUAUUUAAAAAAAAAAAAAGGCGAUGUUGAAUUUUAGGAAGAGACGGUUCAAAGAGUCGGUGGCUGUGUGGUCCACCAGGGCUGACAUUGUAGACUUUCUCCAGGCAAAUAGUUUCUCAGCCUUUGUCGGGGCGUUCAUUCUAUUUACUCGUGUGGUCGCUUUCUUUCCCUUUAUUAGUGUCCUUUUUUUAUUUAAAAAAAAGAAUUUCUUUUCCAUUUAUUUAUUUCUUGGGGGAGAAAACAAAAUUGGUACGGCAGAGGUGUUUUGUUGGGAGGACGCGUGAUCAUUCAACGUGCUCGAAAUGCGUACACGUGGACAAAGAAAAGGCGCUCUCGCUCCCUGUUGGUGGUGCUUGUUUUGGUUUGUCUCUUUUAGUAGUUGGAAAUUUCAUUAUCAUCUACUUUGUAAAUGUUUGUUUGCCACGGUGGAUAUGGAUUUGAUGUUUUUUUUUUUA